ACCUUAUCCUUAACCGUUUCAUGGGGCUCCCGGCUACUCAUGAGUAUCGGAGAUGAUAUCAAAUAGGCUGUGACGUCCGUAUUCUGCUGCUGUUGGCCUAUCUCGUGCUUAUCGCCAGCCGAAGCACCACUUCGUAAUGAGCACGGCACUCAAUUGCAUAAAGUACCAGACGAUUGCAUUCCGAUUUGUCGAAACGUAUAGACCACAGCCAGUCGAGCUCUACAGCCAUUACCAUGCCACUACCAGUCGUCGACCCCCCUCUACUGAACAGCGCCAACCCAUGGUGCAGCACGCGAGAAGACCUCGAAGCACUGUACACUUGCCCUCACACAGGCGCCGUCACGACGAGGACUAGUCUUCCACUAGGCUUUGCACACGACCCAUCCAUUCACCAACAUGCCUUCUUCUCGACUCAAUCGCACACCUCCACGACAGCGCCAGACUACACGAUUAGCGGAAAAGAGUACCCAGCCAGUCUCAACACACUGGGCUACUCACCCACACCCAUCAACGUCUACCUCGACUGGGUAGAGCAGAUUGUCGCCGCACACCCGAACAUAAAACCCAAACCUUUCAUCGUAUCCGUUACGGGCUCGCCACAAGACGUCGUAGAAUGCUAUACCCGGGUCGCGACACUGGCUACUCGCAUCUCAGCACCACUUGCCGUGGAAGUGAACCUCAGCUGUCCGAACAUUGCCAACAAGCCGCCACCAGCAUACUCUGGUGCCGCGCUCAAAACGUAUCUUGAUGCCUUGAAGCAUGUACCUCGCACAGUACCGCUAGGCCUCAAGACACCGCCCUAUACGUACGCCGAGCAAUUCAAGACGUUGGUAGACACGCUUUGUGAAGCAAAAGGCCCGACCAUUGAUUUCAUAACUGCCACAAAUACUCUGGGAUCUUGCUUGUUGCUUUCGAGCGAGGAGGCCCGCCAAGGUCAACCUCUGCUACCAUCAGCGGCGGGUACGGGUAUCGGUGGCCUUGCAGGCGAGCCAUUACAUCCUCUAGCUCUCGGCAAUGUUGCGACACUACGGAAAUUGCUCGACGAGCGUCCGAAGCUGCAUGCUGUUGACAUCAUCGGUGUCGGUGGUGUCAGCGAUGCCGCUGGUUUCUCGCGUAUGCAGGCAGUAGGAGCAAAGGUCGUAGCGAUAGGUACAGCCUUGGGCAGAGAAGGACUAUCAGUGUUUGGUAAAAUUGUACAGGGCGCAAAAACAUCAAAGUUGUGAAGGAGUGGACAAUGCCAUGCUAUCUUGUUAAUGACAAUCCCAGAUCCAUCC